UAAGCAAAUCUGUAGGUCUGUCUGUCCCAAAGCCCUCUAGCCGUAUUCCCCAACUCCCACUCUGACUCCGGCCCAGGCUCAUUACUGCUGUGGGAUCCCCAGAAAAUAGUGACCUCUCCAGAGGGGCAGGGGUGGCAGUGGGUGAGGUCCAGGACCACCAGCAAGUCACCCUCCAGCGGUCUGGGACACAGCACCCUUUGUUCUGGCCCCUCCCUGGCCCUCAGUCCCAGGAUCCCUUGGGCUGGAUUAGCUUUAGCCAGGGGAAAGCCACAGAAGCCCCUCCUGGAAUGUGGCCUGCGGGUGGGGGCAGCGGAGGAGUCGAUGAGUUGGGCUGGCAGGGUCUCUGCAAGGCAGGGCUAAGCCCCCUGCGCCAUUAGCCCCCUGAUCAGUGCUUGGGUGUGUGUGUCCUCCACCCGAGUGUGCAGGAGGGGGAGAGGCCUCGUCUCUGCAGCUCUGCUGGGUGGGCCUGGGACAGGGUGCCCCACUGCAGGGCCCAGCCUGGCCCAGUUGCUGCCCUGUCCCUUCUCUGCUCCCAGGCAAAAGCCUCUUAGAUGACGUGGGUGUGGGGCAACACACUAAGCCCUAGGCCUGGGGGGCCCUGGGGGAGCCAGCCAUGGUGGAGCCAGCAGCUGAUCUGCAAGCAAGCCUGGGAGACUUCCGCUGCGCACCCCCAUCAGGCUGGGCUUCACAGGGGAGCCUGUGGGCAGCCCCUCCCUGCAGGCCUCAGGAGAUGUGAGACUGGGCACGCAAACCCACCAGACAGUUCAGGUGAGUGUGCGGCGAGGGCCACCAGGGACCACCUCUUGUCCCAGUCCUCAAAUGGCUGCAGCCCUGGCAAAGACAGGCAGGAAAAGCCAGAACCUGGUGCUGGUUGGGGAGGGGCAGAGUCCCAGCUAUCAAUGCGGCCCUCGCAUUGCCUGAUGCCAGGAGGAAGAACCCAGGCUUGGAGGGGCUGCAGGAGGGAAGGAGGCUCCUGCCAUGGCUGUGGGCUGGACCAUCUUGCCUGUGGGGCCCACCCUCAUCUGUUUUGGGGCACAUGGGGCUGCUCUGUGAACCCCUGGCUGGAGCUUCAGGAGGGUCCUGAGGGGCAAGGAGUGCCCUCCAGAGGGCGUCUUCCUGAAGCCAAGACUCAGGUGGGAACGACUCUAUUAUUCUCCCUUCAUCCUCCACACACCUCUUGGAGGAGGGGAAAUUUGGCGGGAGACGGUGAGGUCCUGCCUCAGUUUCCCCCCUGGCUCCAUUUCCUGAGUAGGGUUCACGGUGGGUAGCUCCGUGCCUCAGUUUCCCCACGCUGGGUCUCCGUCCCCCUUUUUGACCUGAGCUACAGACCCUGGCCGCUCCUUCUUGCCCCGCUUCCCCCAGCAGAGGCAGCGGCGAUGGGCGCUGGCGGCCCCAGGCGGGGCGAGGGCCCCCCAGACGGCGGCUGGGGUUGGACGGUGCUGGGCGCCUGCUUCGUGGUCACCGGCUUCGCCUACGGCUUCCCCAAGGCUGUGAGCGUCUUCUUCCGCGCGCUUAUGCGCGACUUCGGUGCGGGCUACAGCGACACGGCCUGGGUGUCCUCCGUCAUGCUCGCCAUGCUCUACGGCACCGGUCAGCGCCCCCUGGCGGAUCCCUCCGCGUCUCCCAGGCCCAGGGCUGCGGGUCCAUCAGGGACCAGGGGAGCCCCUGAGCAUCGCGGGGGGCUGUGGAAGCGCUGGUGGAGAGGGCAGGAGGGCGGCAGCGGCCGCAGGUGGAGCUGCACCCAGGCGGUGACCCGGCAGGCUUGGCCAGCCGGCAGGGCCCCUCCAUUCUUGCCCCAAGUCCCACAGCCGCCGGUUGCAGGCCCGGUGUCCAGCAUCCUCGUGACUCGCUUUGGCUGUCGCCCUGUCAUGCUGGUGGGCGGACUGUUGGCGUCGGCGGGCAUGGUCCUCGCAUCCUUUGCCACCAGUCUCCUGGAGCUCUACCUGACCGCUGGGGUGCUCACUGGUGAGGGUGCCCACCGCCCUCCUGCCCUGCGGGGGUGGCGUGGGAGUCGGGAGGCCUUCUGUCCUCUGUUUCCCCAAGAGGGGCGGUCCUUGAAGUCCCACGGCUUAGUUCCCUGGGGUCCGCCCCUCCCUCCCGCUGGGGCUGGUGGGGGUGGGGGGGCGCCCUCGGGCAGCCCUGUACAGCGCCCCUCGCCUGCAGGCCUGGGCCUGGCCCUCAAUUUCCAGCCGUCGCUUAUCAUGCUGGGGCUGUACUUUGAGCGGCGGCGGCCUCUGGCCAACGGGCUGGCGGCGGCGGGCAGCCCCGUGUUCUUGUCGGCGCUGUCGCCGCUCGGCCAGCAGCUGCUCGAGAGCUUCGGCUGGCGCGGCGGCUUCCUGCUGCUCGGCGGCCUCCUGCUGCACUGCUGCGCGUGCGGCGCCGUCAUGCGGCCGCCCCCCGGGCCCAGCCGGCGGCCGCGCUGUGACAACGCGGGCGACGGUCCUGGGGAGCCGGAUGGCACCGAGCUGCGCCUGCGCGCGGCGCCCCCUGGCUGCCAGACCCGCCGGCGACGCCUGCUGGACGUGGCCGUGUGCGCCGACCGUGCCUUCGCCGUGUACGCUGUCACCAAAUUCCUGAUGGCGCUCGGGCUCUUCGUUCCCGCCAUCCUUUUGGUGAACUACGCCAAGGACUCCGGAGUGCCUGAUGCCGACGCCGCCUUCCUGCUGUCCAUCGUGGGCUUCGUAGACAUCGUGGCACGGCCGGCGUGUGGUGCUCUGGCCGGCCUGGCGUCCUUGAGACCACAUGUCGCCUACCUCUUCAGCCUGGCUCUGAUGGCCAACGGGCUCACGGACCUGAGCAGCGCUCACGCGCGCUCCUAUAGCGCCCUAGUCGCCUUCUGCGUCGCCUUUGGCCUCUCCUACGGCAUGGUGGGCGCGUUGCAGUUUGAGGUGCUCAUGGCGACCGUGGGUGCGCACCGCUUCCCCAGUGCACUGGGCCUGGUGCUGCUCAUUGAAGCCGUGGCUGUGCUCAUCGGACCACCCUCUGCCGGCCGCCUGGUGGACACACUGAAGAACUAUGAGAUCAUCUUCUACCUGGCCGGCUCUGAGGUGGCCCUGGCUGGGGUCUUCAUGGCUGUGGCCACAUGCUGCCUGCACCGCUCUCAGGAUGCCCCACCCAGCACGGGCACCGAGGAUGCCGAGGCCGAAGUGGAUGCCAAGGCCUUGCCCGCCAGCACCGAGGAGCCUGGCAGCCUUGAGUUUCUGGAGGAGCCAAGCCCUGAGGCUGAGCCUGCGGAGCACGAGGUGGAGGCAGAGGCACAGCUGCGCCCAGACUCUGUGCAGUGCGAGGGCCCUGGACAGGGCGGCCAGUGACUCGGGGAUGGGACUUCCCUCCCCAAAGCCCCGGCUGCCCCAAGAGGGCCUGGCACACUGCAGGCUGCCCUGGGGUGAUCACCUCUGGGCCCAGGAGGGGAGCUCCCUGCCUCAUCGGCCCAGUGCACCAUGGCCAGGCCCUGGCCUCACUCAGGAAAGCUGCUGUGUGUAGACGGGGUCUGGAUCUCUGAGAGUAAGUUCAUAAAGUUAAGCUGGAAGU